UUCUUCCGGACAUUAUAUAGCGAUGCACCAUGUUACAUGACCUGAAAGUACCGACUUGGUUGAGAUGAGAGGACUUCACCAUGUCAAUAACUGGACAACGUAUUUUCUCUCAUGUGGCACGUUAUCAUCGGACGUGUCGAGGGAUUUUAUUAAAUGGAACCGAAACAUUUCCCAGGCACCCUGUCUCUGUGCGCGCACUCUCUGUUUCUUACAAGCUGUGCGCAAACUCGAAGAAGCCGUCCGAGGAUGAUGACGAGCCGGUAUCUGAGCCCAUCAAGUUCUCCUCAAGUAAAGCUAGUCAUCGGUCCUGGAGCGUGAAUCGCUCGUUCGGCAGUACCCAUCAACGACCUUGGUGGAGGGUUGUACCGAUCAGUGUGCUCGGGGUUGGAUUUCUACUGUGGUGUGGCUUCAGGGCAGAAUCAGACAUUGACGAAGCGCUGGAAAAACAGCUUAACGAAUAUUUGCCUGGUUUGUCGGAUGAAGAGGAGUCUACUAAAUCUAGAUAGUGAAUGAAAAAGCAAUGGCGCACAGCGUUUUAUCUUGAGUAUGAUUAAAUAUGUAUUUAUUUUUCUUCAGAUUGAAAGCAAGCGGUUGCGUUACUUAUUCGUAGAAUAAUCUGCGAUGGUAUUUUGUAAAUUUGCCCGUCCUCACACUACGUGUUCCCAGCAGAGUGAACUCAAAUGGCAAAGUUUCCUGGAGUCAUUUUGACUGCGGUUGAUAUAAUAUCAUGUUCGGAGGGAAUAGUACACCUUCAUCAUGAAUCAUUUGAUUUAGGGUGAAAUCUUGUUAAUCUGCACUGACCAUGUCAGCUGGGAAAUGUUGUACUUCUGUUUUAAUGCCUUGUUUUGCUUGCAAUGUAAUUACUUGUUAUACAUUAAACAAGUUUUUGUGGUAAUUGCAAA